AUGACCGACCGUUACCAUCCCUAUUCUCAAUACCAAUUAACUGGUUUUCCUUCAUUACUAAUUGGUGCUUAUGUUCUAAUUGCAUUUGGAUGUGAUUGUACAUUAAUGAAUGAAGUUCCAUUAGAAAUAGAACAAGAUCAACGUAAACAAUAUAUUGCAGAUAAAGUCGUCAAACUUGUUGAGCAAGGAGAUGGUUAUGAUUAUAUAUAUCAUACAAAGACAGUUUCAAAAAAAACAAAAGUAAAGUCAUUUUAUUACUGGUGUAAUUGCCAUGAAGAACUUGCUUCAAAAGGUCAAAAACAUAGUGAUAUUUCAAAACAACGAAAUACUAAAACAUAUCUAACUCGAUAUAAAUUUCUUAAGGCAUCAGAACCUUAUCAGGAAAUUAUUUCUAAAAAACUUGAUGGAUUUGAAAACAUAAUAGUAGAUCAGCAUGAUUUAUACAACUUAAAUUUAGAUGAGUACAAUUCAAACUUAGAUGAGCACGAUUCAAACUUGAAUGAGCACAAUCCAAACUUGGAUGAUUAUGAUUCAAAUGCUAGCGAGAAAUCUACAAAUAACAAGGCAAUUGAACUAAAAAUAAUACUAGAAAAGAAGGCUAUUUCAGAAAAGAACAAGCUAUCAUUGUAA